AUGAGAAGAGCAUAUAUUGUGGCGUCAAGAAGGAGUGAUCGAAGUCUAGAGGCUCGGGUAGAAUCAGUACGAAGAGCCUCAGAAAUCCACCAACGUCGAACCGGCCGUUCUCUACGUGUGACGGAACAAGAUAUCAUCAAUGAGGAAAUGUACGAAGAGGAGGACGAUGAUUUGCCAUUACCGUAUCAUCGUCUCACGACGCACCUUCAAACUGAGUUUGGCCGAUUUCAAUCGACGAUUGGCUGUUUAUUUGACGAACCAAGUGGCAAUGCGAAGCGCAAUGGAACAGAUGACCCAACAUCGCCUUCUGGAUCCGUUCCACCAGGCCCAUUUAAUCAUAGAAGGAUGUCGACAACAGCAUCACUUCAACAUGGUGAUAUAUCGACCGACCAUCAAAUCAGUACCGAUGGUAUGAAAAUGGAUUCCGAAUACCUGAGGCGAACUCCGUUCACCAUCUUCCCAUCUGUUGGUGCCACUUCGUUCUCGCCUUUAUGGGAAGACAUGGGACCCUUCACAACAUCACUACCACCCAGAUGUCAACAGAUGAUCGCUCAGGCACCCGGCUUCGAUCCCAAUGAACCUGCCUACGCGAUGCUCAUACGUGGCUCUGACCAGUACGUGUCCAAUCUAUAUGACCCAUGGCAGGACAUGCGUGGUGGUGUCAAAAGCAUGCUUGGCCAGAUCGUCAACGGCGCGCAGAACACCAACCCGGAUUCAAAGCCCAAAACUAUAGCUGCACAUCCAUCCCUUGGGCAAAACGACUACGACCAAAAUGAUCUUCCGACGGCUGGGUUGGACUUCAAUUUCAGCCUGGAAAAUAAAGGUCUAGAUUUCGCCGGUGGGGGGGUGAAUUGGCCCCUGGUUCAAAUCAGAUCACGUCUGCAGGAGAGGAAUUCUUGGAUCUUUUCGUCAUAG